AUGAAUUCUUUAGAAUUUGAAUCAAAGACGACAACUGUUCCAGAAGAAACUGGUAAAAAAGAAUAUUGGAUAUUCGGAUAUGGUUCUCUAGUUUGGAAACCGCCACCAGUAUACAAUAAAAAGUUAAUAUUUUAUUACCAGGAUAUAUUAAAGGACAUGUUCGGAGGUUUUGGCAGGCAUCGAAGUACAGACCAUCGAGGAACUAUAGAAAAACCAGGUCGAGUUGUUACAUUGAUCCCUAUUGAAGAGUGGAAAUUACUUGACGAUUUUCAUGAUCAUAAAGAAGACGAUGUUACAUGGGGUAUUGUCUAUAAAAUCAGCGAGGAAGACAUUAAGGAGAUGAUGGAUUAUUUGGAUUAUCGAGAGAAGAAUGGAUACACCAUACAUUAUUUGGAUGUGUAUCAGCUUGGAAGUGGAGAACCCAUUGUAAAGAAUGCGAUGGUAUAUAUUGGUACAACCAAGAAUGAAGAAUACGUCGGACCAGCUCCUCUGAAUUCCUUGGCUCAACAAAUAUAUGAAUGUCCUAGCGGUUCCAAUCGAGAAUAUUUACUUAAACUUGCAUCUGCGCUUAGAGAAAUAGCACCAGACGCAUAUGAUGGUCACCUAUUUGAUCUAGAAGAAAGGGUCAAAAGCAUGAUCAAACGUUCAGAAAUAUUAUAG